GCGGGUUGCAGGGCGUGGUAACGUAAUACGUGCCGAGAACGGGGAGGCUUAACGGAGCCAGCCAGGUGUCAGCAGCAGCAACGAUGGCGGAUCCCGAGCUGGAAACGAUAAGAAAGCAGCGGCUGUCCGAGCUGCAGGGCAAGCGAGGGGAUGCUGGGAGCGACCAAUCACAGCAGGAAGCCAAGCAGAGGGAAGACGAUAUGAGAAAUAAUGUUUUAGCCCAAGUCCUCAGCCAGGCAGCCCGUGCGCGCCUGAAUAACCUGGCCCUUGUAAAGCCUGAAAAAGCCAAAGCCGUCGAAAAUUACCUUAUCCAAAUGGCUCGAUUUGGGCAGCUUGGUGGGAAGCUUUCAGAGGAGGGACUGAUUGAAAUCCUGGAGAAAGUGAGUCAGCAGACAGAGAAAAAGACAACGGUCAAGUUCAACAGGAGGAAAGUAAUGGAUUCCGACGAGGAAGACGACUGAGAGGCCAGGCGCGGAGAGGGAGAACAGGGCUGCAGCGGCUCUCGACUCGCCCGUUCUGUUUAAGGAAGAAGGCACUGAAACAAAGACUUCUACUUUCUAAAGUUUAAUGCUACAAAUUUUUGAGACGCCUGCCUUUUUUUCUUCUUUCUUUCAUUUGCAGAUUUAAGUGACCUGUUUUACAUUAAGGAUCUAAUUCACCCCCCCGACAUAUCUUCUCCAUCCCUUAUUCAAUGUUAAAUUAUUUAUAAAAAGAAAAAACUUGAUACAAAGUAUUUCAAGAAGGGCUUACAAUUCCCUGAAAUUUGAGUCGUAUUUUGUAGACUUGUAACUAUGACAGAUAUGUUAAUUUAGAGGCAUAUUUGCCACGAUUAAUAAACAAUGACCCUUUGUGCUGUGUGACAUCAGAAAGGAGCCUUAGUGACUACCUUUACUUUACAUAACAGUCAGACGUGGUAGUACGGGGUGUUUUUGAGCCACGUUGGAUUUUUUUUUGUUUGUACCAAAAAGUAAACGUCUGCUCUUCAUCGUUC